AUGGCGGCCGAGGAGGAGAAGAUGCCGCGACUGACGACUCAGCUGUCCGAUGUAUCCCUCCAGGAGAGCGUCGAUAGCCCCCCCGUGGGAUCGCGCAGAUCGAUGUGGGGCGGAUUUAGUCGGGGAGGCAAGAAGGUUCGAUCGCCUCCGGCUUACUCGUCUUACUCGGCUUACUCUUUCGCCAAGGGAGACCACCACGGCGAGGUCGACCACGACAAGAUGCGAAAACACUCGGUCGCUCUCGCGCAUCGAAUCUCCGUCCACACCUCGAGGCUAGCCACCGAGCGCGAGCUCGCGAAGGCGGGGGUGCGCCCGGUGUUCACCACGCACGACCCGCUCUGGAACCGACGUUGGGCGGUGUUUAACCCUCGACACCGAUACGUCCAGUACUGGGACUUGAACACGCUCGUGCUCCUGGUGAUCACGUGCCUCGUCACGCCGUACGAGAUCGCGUUCAUGGACGGCCAGCGAGGGACGAACGUCGAGAUACUCUUCUGGGUCAAUCAGUAUAUCAAUCUUUCAUUUGUCUUCGAUAUGCUCAUGAUAUGUCUUCUCCCAUUCGAGGGCGAGGACGGACAGUGGGUGGUUGACAAAAAGGUGAUCUUUUGGCGCUACCUGCGGAGCAUGUUCUUCAUCGACCUCAUGUCCAUCGCGCCCUUCGACAUCAUAGAGCGCGUGCACACAGCCAACACCGGCCCAGAGGACGGUGACAUCGCGAACCUCAAGGCUUUUCGCAUCCUCAAGCUCUUUAGGCUGCUCAAGGUGCUCAGGAUAUUCCGCGGCUUGCGCAUAGUCCGCGAACGCGAGUGCGAGUACGCGAUCGACUAUCAAGCGCUGAACAUAUCGAUGCUGCUCGUGGUUCUUUUAGUCACCGCGCACUGGAUCGCGUGUCUCGUGGCGAUCAUAUGCAGGUAUGACCCGGCCUCGCCGGAUAUCGAGGAUUUCUUCCCGGACCUGGUGACCGAGGCGGAGAGCCCGACAAAAUUGAAGCACUACCUGUACGCCUUCACGUGGGGGGUUCAGUGGAUCGCCACCGGCGGGGGUUCCGGACACGACGAGUCUUUGGUGAGCAGCGGUAUGCGGUCCUUCUUCAUAUUCCUCUUGAUCAUCGGAGCCAUCGCCAACGCGGCGAUCAUCGGCGGCGUGAUGACAAUCAUCGACGAGAUGAACCUGCAGCAGAGGGAGUUUUACUCCAACCUGAACGCCUUGAACCAGUACAUCAAAGCGGAGGACGUCACGAACAGGGAGAUGAGCUGGCGCGGCCAGGUGAUGCCCGGACGGGAGUUCUGCCGCCGGCUGCGCAAGUUUUACAUCUUCAAGUUCCACAGCGCGCAGCAGUUCCACAACCUCCGAAGCGUCUUGCAGAACGUCAGCCCGGAUAUGCGAAGGGUCGUCGCGGAUGCCAUGUACGGCGACGUUAUUCGAGGGUGCGAAGUCUUCCGCAACGCGUCCGAUGACCUGGUUACCGCGAUCGCCGUCGGCAUGGACGUCCAGGUGUUCGCCAGGGGCGACAGAGUGUACGACGUGGGCCAGCCCGCGGAUACUCUGUACUGGACCAUCAAGGGAACCGUGAUGAUGCCGGCGAAGGAGGGCGGGCACGGGCUGGAUCUGUAUCGAAUGGGUGGGGAGCCGUUCGGCCAGGAGGUCAUCUACAGGCUCGGCGCCCCGCGGACUAGGACCGCAGUGUGCAUGUCCGAGGUCGUGCUCCUGGCGGUGAGCGGGGAGACCGUGCACUCCGCCAUCGACGACUUCGCGGAGAGGGGCAUCCGCUGGCGCGUGAUGAUGACACGCAACAUCCUGCGGCUGUCGGCCACGAUGCUCCAGGCCAAGCAGGAGGCGCUGCACGGCCACUAUUACUCGGGCUUCUGCGACGCGGACGCGGGGGUGCGCUAUCUGGACGGCAGGCUGGGAAAAGGCGUGCUCUUCAUGCAGGAUCCGGCGAAGAACAAGGUCAACAACCUCCUGUUCCAUCUCAAGCGUUUGGUCACCGAGGAGCUCGAGAAGGGCGGCCUCGCCGGCGCGGACUUGGAGGAGAAGCUCAAGUCGUUCGAGCCGCACGAGGCGCAGUGGCACAUCUCCAUGCGAAAGAUGAUCGAGUUUAACGACAAGGUUCAGGACCUGAGGGCGCUCCUGGAGAGCACCGUGGACGAGGAGAACCGCAAUAUGAGCUGCUGGUUCGACACCUUGGUCGCGGAGCGCGUGGAGACCAUCGAUCAAGUGGCGGAGAUGAGUCACACGGAUUUCAAGCUGAUAGGGAUCCCGCUGGGCGACGCGUUCACGAUCGGCGCGGCGGUGGCUAAGGCGAACAAGCUCAUGCGGGACAAAGGGGUCGAGUUCCUGAGCGAGUUGGGAGGGACCGGCGGCGAGGCGAGCGGCGAGGGGGAGGUUUCCCAUCGGGGAAAAUGA